AUGACCCUCACCUCGGAUACAAAGUACAUUAGGUGGAAUGUCCCAGUGCCGACGAAUGGUGGCGCAUACCGCGACAUUGUGUUGGGUGUCAAGGUCAACAACCUGCAGUUUGCCAAUAUCGAGGCGAUUGUAGUCUCUGUUGACCAAACCGUCAAUGAAAAAGUGAUCUUCACCUGCGAGGUCAUUACUCCAAUGGAGCUGGAACAGAUGUGCGCAACGGCCAAUGACAAUACCACACAUUACUCGGACUACUACGGCGACCAUGGAAUCAUGAAAUGGAAGCUGAAGGAGCGACUGCUGGAGUCUGAGGGCGAGCUCCAUGUGGCGAUGGAGGUCAAGACUUGGGACGGAGCACCUCCGGACUAUGGAUCUAUUGAGAUCUACUGGGUCGAGACACACAUCAACUCACGGGCGUUCUACCAACAUGACCCUUUGUACAGUGAGCACCGACCAUAUUUGUAUUCACUGGCCGUCGACAACACAGGACGACCAGAGAUUGACAAUCUUGGUCGUGGAACAAAGCUGGUCGAGUCAUACGUCUACUCCAAGCAAGGAGCACAUGUACUGGUCAGUGUGCGAACCACACCAGGGCUCAUUAUUCAGCUCUGGCAGAUCCGAUAUCUUCCCGCCUCUGACCCACGAUGCGUCCGCCAAUUCGACACUUUAAAUCUGAAGGAACAGGAUGACGAGAAGGCGUUUCAACCCAAGGUCGUGGCGUGGAUGUACCUUGCUGAUGUGCCAAAGUUUAAAUCGAUUGACCUUGUUCUGUCGCAUGAGGGGACGCAACUUGCGAUUGUGGAUGAAAACGUUCCUGUUCAGGAUGGAGGCGAAGAAACGCAGCUAUUAGGAGGUGACGAAGGGGAGGCAGCUGAAGGAGAAGGAGAGGAGGAAGAACAGGAGGCAGCAGAGGAAGGUGAAGAUGGUGAAGGAGAAGAGACAUCGGACAAGGAAGAAGAUGAGGAAGGGGAAGGAGAAGUGAAAGAAGUGAAUACUGUAGAAGGAGGCAAAAAUGAUAGUGAGAGCUGGACGGCAUUCUACAGGUUCAGUCCCGACAUUAUUGGAACAGGAGAGACACCGGCAGGAGCAACAUCAGGAUCUGGACUGGUGCGGAUGAAUGUCGAAGAGACCUGCCCUGGCCUCGCUAACUUUUUCGGCCGCUCAGAAUUUCACAUCGUCGCAACAACGGAUCAGGAUGUCAAGGACGAGAUCUUGGUCGCGUGUGAUGGUGUGACGAUCGAGGUGUACAGUGUCUUUGGGGAGUGGAAUCAUGUCCGGACGAUCGUCAUCGACCCCACAAGGACCAACCCUAGCUUCAGGAGAAACGUCUUUGCGGCACUGUUUAAGCAACUGCGUGGGAAAUACAUGUUGCUGGUGGAUGCCGACGGGACCGAGGUGACGACGUGGAACAUCGAAACCGGCGAGGCGGUGGCAUCCAGCACCCGAUUUGGCGUCUCCGAGUUCUGGGCACUGCGACAUCUUGCAAACGUGACGCGGGAUGGACGACUAGUCACGGUUCCGGGACACCGAGCGCUCGAGAUCUACGAAACAGCUACGUGGGAUAUGGUGGGGUGGUACCAGUUCCCGGACGUAGGGUAUGGCGAGUUUGUGAGCGAGGGGUUGUUUUUCCGAGGCGACACACAUAUCAUGGUGACAGUCGAUUCAGAGCAGCGGCCGUUUUAUCGCAACAACCGCGGGUUUAUUAUUGACCUGGGCGAUAUGACUGUCGUGGAGUACUAUGCGAGUGCGGGACAUGGGCGGUUCGAGUUGUUACCCAAGAUGGAUCCAGAGGAGGAGCAGUUGUUCUUGGCGGUGGACACGUCUAGUGCCUGUGUGUUUUCGAUGGAAGGGCGACUACUUAUGGCUCCACCUCCUCCACAGAUUGACGACGAUUCACAAGGCCCAUAG